UGUCAUUCUACUUCCUGAAUUCCUGAAUAAGCAGCAACACUGUUGUUACCACCACUGUCUAUGAUUUUCUUAUUUGGCCAUCAUCGUCAUCAUCAACGUCUCCAAAAUCAGGAUGGCUUUCAGAAAAGCACUGAAGGGGACCCUAAUAGGGGGCGGAGCUGUAGCAGCAGCAUUCGGCCUAUCACAGUUAUUUGAAUACAGAAAAAAUCAGCCUAAAUGGGCUCAGUUGGCACAUGUUGAAGCUCAGGGUGAGUUAAAGGUGCCAUUUAAAGAAGCUCUGCCAACAAGAGAAGAACAACUUUCAGCACUGAAAAAUACUGAAGAGUUUGAUGUGUUGGUGGUGGGGGGUGGAGCCACCGGCUCAGGAUGUGCCUUAGAUGCUGUCACACGGAAUCUGAAGACCGCUCUUGUAGAACGGAGCGAUUUCUCAUCGGGCACCAGCAGCAGAAGCACCAAGCUCAUUCACGGAGGGGUCCGCUAUCUGCAGAAAGCCAUCAUGAAACUAGAUUAUGAGCAGUACAUGAUGGUGAAAGAGGCCCUUCAUGAGCGUGCCAAUCUACUGGAGAUUGCCCCUCAUCUGUCUGCACCUUUACCCAUAAUGCUUCCUGUUUACAAGUGGUGGCAGCUACCAUAUUACUGGGCCGGGAUUAAGAUGUACGACCUAGUGGCCGGAACAUACUGUCUGAAGAGCAGCUACGUCCUGAGCAAAAGCAAAGCCCUGGAGCUUUUUCCUAUGCUGAAGAAAGACAAGCUUGUGGGAGCUAUUGUCUACUAUGAUGGACAGCACAAUGAUUCGCGUAUGAAUCUGGCCAUUGCGCUCACAGCGGCCCGUCACGGGGCGGCCAUUGCCAACUACACCGAGGUGGUGCAUUUGCUGAAGAAAGCAGACCCCAAAACAGGCAAAGAGACAGUAUGUGGAGCUCGCUGCAGAGAUGUUGUCACGGGGCAGGAGUUUGAUGUUCGUGCCAAAUGUGUCAUUAAUGCUACCGGCCCCUUCACCGACUCGCUGCGUAAAAUGGACGACCAGAAAACUGCCAAAAUCUGUCAGCCCAGUGCAGGAGUGCACAUCGUCAUACCUGGAUAUUACAGCCCUGACAACAUGGGUCUGUUAGAUCCCGCCACCAGCGAUGGCCGUGUCAUUUUCUUCCUGCCCUGGGAGAAGAUGACGAUCGCUGGGACAACAGACACGCCCACUGAGGUCACAGCCCAUCCCAUCCCUAUGGAGGAGGACAUCAACUUUAUCUUAAGCGAAGUCCGGAAUUACCUCAGCCCUGACGUGGAAGUGCGGCGAGGGGAUGUCCUGGCAGCCUGGAGUGGCAUCCGUCCCCUGGUCACUGACCCCAACUCCAAAGACACGCAGUCCAUCUGUCGCAACCAUGUCGUCAACAUCAGCGACAGCGGCCUUAUAACCAUUGCAGGUGGGAAGUGGACCACCUACCGCUCCAUGGCCGAGGAGACCCUCGACGCGGCCGUAAAAGCUAACAACCUCUCCGCCGGGCCCAGCAGGACUGUCGGUUUGAUGCUUGAGGGUGGGAAAGACUGGACCCCCACCCUGUAUAUUCGCUUAGUUCAAGACUACGGUUUGGAGAACGAGGUUGCCCAGCACCUGGCAGCCACCUAUGGAGGAAGAGCUUUCGAAGUGGCCAAGAUGGCUCGGGUGACAGGCAAGCGAUGGCCCAUAGUGGGGAAGCGUCUUGUUUCUGAAUUUCCUUACAUAGAGAGUGAAGUGCAGUAUGCCAUAAAGGAGUAUGCUUGCACAGCCAUCGAUGUUAUCGCUCGCCGAACACGUCUGGGCUUUCUGAAUGUGCAGGCUGCAGACGAAGGUCUUCCACGUAUUGUUGAGAUCAUGGGCAAAGAGCUGCAGUGGAGUGAGCAAAAAAAGAAAGAAGAGCUGGAGGCGGCUAAGCAGUUCUUGUACAUGGAGAUGGGUUAUAAAGCUCGCUCUGAGCAGCUCAGCAAGACAACAAUAACAUCACUUACUCUCGGAGAGGUGCAAAGGUAUAAAAAGCGCUUUUACAAGUUUGAUAAGGAUAGCAAAGGAUUUAUCACAACGUUGGAUGUCCAGCAGGUUCUAGAGAAACUCGGCAUUCAAAUUGAUGAGAAUGCUCUUCACGAGAUCCUCAGCGAGGUGGACCUCAACAAAAACGGACAAGUGGAACUGGAUGAGUUCCUGCAGCUCAUGACUGCGGUCCAGAGAGGGCAAAUCUCCGACAGCCGUCUGGCUAUCUUGAUGAAGACGGCGGAGGAGGGACUGGACCUGAGAGGACCUGUCUCGGUUGAUCGCAGUGGAGGCGGAGUUUGAUUCUCAACUACAAACCGAAACAUUCACCAGAUGAAGGCUCCAACCACAAACUUGGACGAACACCAAAAGCGCUGUAAACUGUGCCUAUGCCGGUCAGAUCACAAGCACAUCCUGUUAAACCAUGAACUCAUCGAAGCAAUUGGCUGCCUUUGACUUUUGAUUAUUUCACAAUCAUUUUUGUAAUGUGUUAAGUGCUCACUCAUUUGUAAGUCGCUUUGGAUAAGUGUCUGCUAAAUGAGUCAAUGUAAAUGUUUGGAAAUCUUAAAGCUUUUGUUUUCGCAUGCUUCACGCACACAUGUUACGAAUGACAAAAUUAAUAACUUUAAAGAAGAAUAUAUUCUUGAGAGUAUAUAUUUUUAACAAACUAUGUAUUAUUCUGUUUGUAUAUUGCUAAUGCAUGCUAGUAAGCAUGAAUCGUUUCUUUAAUGUCUCUCUAAGUUUUUAAUCCAGUGAGCUUUGAGGUUGUUUUAUGAAUGUGAUGCUGCUGUAAACAGAGAAAAGAUUCAAGGGCUCCUCGUGUCGUCUUAGGUAAAAAUGCACUAAAUAUUUUGCAGGUUUACACUGUAAACUUUUACUUACUGUCACUGUUCUGAACAGUAAUUUAAAAGUAAUUUAACAUUUUCAGAUUUUAUUCUAAAUCAAGUGUUUCGAAAUGACAAGAUUAUGUUGAAAGCAAUGAUCAUUUUAAUAUUUAUACAGAUCUGUAAUCUUGUAUGUGUUCAGUGUUUUGAGACUGUUGAUGGAUCCGCUUCAGUCGAACGGGAGGAUUUUACAGAUUAUAAUGAAAUGUAAGAGCACUUGUUUAAAUGUCGAACAUUUUAUCCCUGUUUCGAAUUCAUGAACAGUCAAACCCUUUUUUGUUUUACACCACGGCUGGUAAUUGGUCAUUUGUUUAUCAUGAUAUGAGAUAGUAACAAGUAAAUUGGCAAAUGCAUCUUUUUGUAAUGUAAAGGCUUACAGGGAAUGUACUUUAUGUGCCUUGCUUUCUAUAGAAACAACAAUCUUUGCAUGUCGAAGCGCACGCUCUGAAACGCACUCAUAGUGCUUUUACUUGACUGUAUAUUGUGGUUUAAACAUAAUUGUUUAUAUGUUUUUAUUCAGUUUAUUUAUGACCAUAUAUAUUCUCUUAAAAAACUUGUUUUAAAUUGAAUCACCAAUGACAAAAUUUCUUUGAGUUUAAUUAAAAGAAAUAUGUAUUUUGUGCAAUA